UGGUUACUCACACGUGCACCGUUACUGUUGCUCACCGUCAUAGCCAUCAGUACAUGGAACUACCGCCGUCGCGCACAACGAAACGUAUCAAUCUGGCCACUUCAGACGAGUCUACAAAAAGACCGCGUCUAUACUCUGAGCCGCUGCCAUUGGAUUCCGAACCAGCCAACAUGAAGGUUGAUUUACCCUUCACUGCCGGUGAACUUGACAUCUGGAACGAGAGGCUUCGGGACGAGCUGCGGAAGUUGGCCGCUGAUGCCACGAACCUCUCGCUUUCAGAGUAUCAUUAUCAUUGGAUCAUGACCACAAUUGUCGACGUUGUCAAUGAAGAAAAUCCCCGGCUACUCAAGAUCGACACCAAGAGCAUCAAGACGCUUGCACGUAAUAACGAGUUCAAGCAAAUGCUACAGUCCGCACUCGCCGAUGGCGAUUACAGGCCUGUCUUUAAAUCAGGGGUGCUCAGCCCCUUCGCCCCUCCUCAGCUUCAGCAGGUAACUACUAGUUUCAGCUUUAGAAAUGAGGCUACGAGGACAGCAAUCCUUAAGUCUUGGCAGCAGGAGUUUCGAGGCACGACUGAAGCCGUAUCAACGACCAUUCACCAGUACAUGCAACGGAAGCUGCCGGUGCCAUAUGCCCGCUACGCGGCCUAUGCUCAGUCCUCGGGCACCGGGAAGUCACGAAUGAACGAUGAGCUCGCUAAGAAGAUCCUCCACAUUUCGAUCAACUUGGGGCCUGUGGGUGGAGAUGUUUUCCCACCAUUGGAUACUCAAGCUUACAACUGGUUCGCAAAGUGCGUAGACAGUCGGGAGCAGUACCAGCUCAGGGUGCAGGCCUUCAUGUAUUCACUCUUUGCAACGGUUUUGGACCGUUUGAUCACUAUCGAGAAGGAGAUGAUCGGGUCUGAUCGAUCGACCACUGGUGCGGAGGACCGCCUCGCACGAUUGGCCAAUGAGUUCAGGAUGAAGAUGAACGAUGGGAUGCAGUUUGGUGCACAUGGCGAGUAUCGGCAGCGGUUUUAUCGGUCCGUAGUCGAAGGAGCGGAGAAGUUUUUACCAAAGGAUCCCGUGUGGAAGCACAACCAGGAUAGUCCGAUAGCACUAAACUCCGAAUCGAUGUUCCCUCUCGACAGGCCACUCGUGAUACUAUGCUUUGACGAGUCUCACAUGCUCACGAAGACUCAGGCGCGUGACGACGAUUGGACAAGAUUCUCAGAGCUACGGCGUUCGCUCCACAUGAUAUGCACUCUGCCUAUAUUCACACUCUUCCUCUCUACUAUGGGUAAAGUGGAACAAUUUGCACCAUUUCCCCAGCAGGAGAGGUCGGGUCGAAUUGUUGGGCGAGAAUUAGAAGUAUUCCCACCCAUCGUUCUCACCCCAUUUGAUGUCUUUGCCGAGCAUGUAUCUGGUCCAGAGUGCACACUGCAACGCGUCGCGUCUACACAGUACAUGGCGCACUUGGGUCGUCCCUUGUUCGGUGCAUUGUACGACACCGGCAGACGGGAGGAAAUUGUUCACUUAGCGGAAGCCAAAUUAUUGAACUCGCAAACGUCUCCCGAGCACCUGACUCAAAAUCAGUUGCUGGCGUGCAUGGGAGUGCGUAUUCCACUCGUGUUCAAGGCCAGUGUUCCGGACGACCUCGAGAAGGAGCGACUGCUAGUGGCGGAUCACAUGCGGUUGUUGCUUUACGCUAGCACCGGGUUUGCGCGGGUUUUCACCACCUGCUCAUCUGAGCCGUUACUUGCGGAGGCAUCGUAUAUGGCCCUCGUUAGCAGGCGGUGGUCGGGUGGCGAGGCGGUGGCGCUCUCUACCAAACGUAUGCCUAUGCCCCUGGCCCCGAUAUCCGUGCUCGCGUACCAUCUCGCCAACUCUCAGCUAAGCUUGGGCGAACGAGGAGAAACAGUCGCCGCUGUCCUGCUGCUUGACGCCCGCGAUCGUGCCACUACAUUUCCUCUCGCCGCCAACGAACCACUGCCUGGGACCAGCGACGCUGUAGACCACUGGCACCAGGAUCUCAGAUACGACGGUGCUCUGAAGCGGCGGAUCGUCACCGUUUCGCAAUUCCUGAAGGCACUCCUCGCAAAGCCUUGCAACGACGUCCUUCCAACCGAAUGUGACAAGCCCGGGAACGCGGACGUACCACUGGGAGCCGCAUUCAAGGAGUGUUACAUCUACUUCAACCACUUCGUCAAGACGACCAGCGUCGACAUGGUGAACCAGAGGCGCCUCCGAGCCGCCAUGACACGCGGGGCGGCGUACAUCUGCGCGGACAGCCAGGCGGGCAUCGACAUCAUCAUCCCCGUUCUGUCCGGCACUGUGCUGGCGCGGGCCAAGGUAUCCGCGCUCAUGGUGCAGGUGAAGAACAACACGCAGUUCGCGGCGGAGGUGCAGAACCACCUGUUCGAGGGCAUGGACCCGUACGUGUGCGGUGUCUUCGACGACGACGUGGCGGACCCGCCCCCGGUCCUACGCAUGGUCUUUGCGCUCGCCUCGCCCGAGUCGUCGGUGACGGUGCCCUCGCAACGGCCUCCCCCCACUGGCAACACCGGCGUAGGCAGAUACACUGCGUACGACAUCUGGUGCGCCGGGGCGCGUGGAUCGACCUUCGCCGUCAUUCGGGAGGAUGAGGAAGACGCGGUGGGCCGGCUCCUCGAGACACUGCGUGCGCCGGACGACGUCGGGCGGCUGUACAAGCCCGGCGCGUUGCGCGACGCUGUGCGGGCGAUGCAGCCGCUGGCAACGGAUUGUAACGACUAUCAACGGUU